AUGGCGCCGCCCAAAGCCCUGUUGUUGUCUGCCGUCUCCAAGUUCUUUGAAUAUGACACGCCCAGAAUUGUCCACAUCAGGAGUAAAAAAGUCGGCAUCAUCAACCGAUUUAUACAGCUAGUGAUCAUUGGAUAUAUUAUUGGGUAUGUUAUUGUUUACAAAAAGGGUUACCAAGAAUUUGAUAAUGUCCAGAGCGCUGUCACAACAAAAGUCAAAGGUAUUAUAUUUUCUAACGACUCAGACAUAGGAACAAGAACAUGGGAUGUGGCAGACUAUGUCAUACCACCACAGGAAGCAAAUGCCUUUUUUGUGAUGACAAAUGUACACCCUACUCUUUUGCAAACACAGACAACAUGUCCUGAGAGCAUAUCAGUAUCAGGGGCACAGUGUCAGUCUGAUGAAUAUUGUCAGAAACUGCUUGGGACCAUUUUACCCAAAGGCAAUGGACCAGUCACUGGAUCAUGUGUUCCCUCAGGUUAUGGGAAUGUGUCAGUUUGUUCCAUUUUUGGCUGGUGUCCUGUGGAAAACAAUGUGACAUUUGACGCACGCGCAUUUUUAGCUUCAGCCAACUUUACAGUUUUUAUUAAGAACAACAUCGAGUUUCCAAAGUUUGAUGUAACCAGACGCAAUUUGCCAGAGCCAGGAUCCAUACAGUUGCCAGAAAAUGUCACCAGCAUCGAUGCUUAUUUAAACAGCUGCAUGUUUAAUGGAGACAACCCUAGAGACAAGUAUUGCCCGAUUUUUCGAUUAGAGACGAUCGUUAAUGGAGCAGGGGUUACGUAUGAGAAUAUAUCCCAGGAGGGUGGGGUCAUGCAAAUUAUAAUUGACUGGACGUGUGAUUUGGACUACAGUGAAAACAGUUGUUUGCCAGAGUAUUCAUUCAGGCGCCUGGACAAAGGUGAUUACAGUAUUUCCAAGGGAUUCAAUUUUAGGUAUGCAGACCAUUUUGCGAUGAUGGUCAACGAUACAUCAGUCAUGUACAGGAACCUGUAUAAGGCCACUGGAAUCCGCUUCCUGGUCACAGUUCAAGGUCAAGCUGGCCAGUUCAGAAUUGUACCUUUACUCCUUAACAUUGGCAGUGGAAUGGCUCUUUUGGGAAUAGCAACAGUGUUGUGUGACUUUGUCGUUCUUUACCUCCUGAAAGCAAGAGCAUUCUAUAAAGAAAAGAAGUAUUUGGAUGUCAAAGGUCAAGAUGCAUUUGAGGUACUCAGAGAGGAUUCAGAGUCCAAGACGAGUAACGAAGUGAAGCGCAGAAAUCAACGUUUAGGUGAAGUGACUGAUGCGAAUGGAAGUGAUGCAUAA